AUGACCUCCGCUGUGACAACGUUGGAUGCCCCGCUUGCGCUGCCAUGCGGCGCCUCACUGCGCAACCGCCUCGUCAAAGCGCCCUUGGAAGAAAUGCUCUCGACGUUUGGCGGUGGCAACCCGAACGACGACGUGUAUCGCCUGUAUCGUGCGUGGGCCGAUGGUGGCUGGGGCAUGAUCAUUACGGGCAACAUUGGCGUGGACCGCCGGCACAUUGGCAUCAUGUUCGAUAUGGUCAUCCCCGAUCCAGGCCAGACCGACGCAGAAGCGCGCGCGCUUGCGGCCUACACCAAGUAUGCACGGGCCACCAAGGGCUUUGACGUGGACGACGAGCGCGCUGACCACGCCCCUGCGGACGGCCAGCGCCCUUUGGCGGUGGCCCAGCUUGUCCACUGUGGCCGCCAGUCGAUGCGCGGCAGCGUCCGCCCGCCGUGGGUCCCGUCCGUGGCGCCCUCGGCGGUGCCUAUGCAGGUCGGCAAGGAGCCGAGCUGGCUCGACUGGCUCAUGUUCGGUGUGCCGCACGCCCUCACCGUGGAGGAGAUUCAUGGCAUUAUCGAACGAUUUGUGCAUGCGUCGAUGCUGCUCGAGCGCGCCGGCUUUGACGGCGUGGAGCUGCAUGGCGCGCAUGGCUACCUGCUCUCGAGCUUCCUCAACCCGCGCACGAACCUGCGCACGGACGAGUACGGUGGCGAUGCCGCUGGCCGCUUCCGUAUCAUCCGCGAGAUUAUCGACGGCGUGCGCAAGAAUGUGAGCAAGUCGUUUGCCGUCGGCAUCAAGCUCAACUCGAGCGACUUUAUGAAGGGCGGCCAGACCGAGGACGACGCCCUGCAGAACGUGCGCUGGCUCGCGGAGAUGGGCACGGUGGACUUUGUCGAGGUAAGCGGCGGAUCGUAUGAGGCACCGGCGUUUGCACAGCCGCUCUCGGAGCGCACGCAGCAGCGUGAAGGCUACUUUACCGGCUUUGCGCACCGCGCGCGCCUCUCACUGCCGCAGGACUCGAAGAUGCGCGUCAUUGUCACCGGCGGCUUCCGCACGCGCACCGGCAUGGCCGGCGCAGUCAAUGCGGGCCAUGCAGAUGCGAUCGGCCUCGGCCGCCCAUCGUGUCUGGAGCCCGCGCUGCCCCACAAGAUGCUCGACACAUCGUUGCCGGACAGCGAGGCCGAGGCGGUGGCAUGGAAGAUGCCCGUCAAGCCGCGCUUGCUGCCCAACGUCGCUUUCGUCGGCAUUGGAUGGACAACCAUCUGGCACUCGGCGCAGAUGCAUCUUACCGCUCGCGGCCAGCCCACGGACCCUAACCUGUCGAUGGGCCAUUUCUUCCGUAACCUCCAUUUCUGGUAG